CUGCUUCAAUCAUCAUCAAACUAAGCAUGAGGAAGAAUCACAAUCACACCCCGGAGAGCAAGUUCCGCCACGACCUCGACCUCUGCUCCAAGAAGAAAUCCCUCCCCGCCGCCAUCUCCCUCUACGAAACCGCAAUCUCCGACAAGCUCCGCCUCAACCACUACCACUUCAACGCCCUCCUCUACGUCUGCUCCGAAACCGUAACCGAACCAUCGAACAGGGCCUCAGCGUUCGAGUUCGGCUUCCGCGUGUUCGACCGCAUGCUGGCGGGCGACGUCAAGCCGACGGAGGCCACAGUCACCGCCGUGGCGAGGCUCGCGGCCGCGGUCGGAGAUGGGGACCGGGCCUUUGGGCUCGUUAAAACCAUGGGAGAGUAUACGGUUACGCCGAAGCUGAGAUCGCUCGAGCCGGCGUUGUUUUGCUAUUGUAGGAAUUUGGAAGCUGAUAAGGCUUAUGAGGUUGAGGACUACAUGGUUAGCGUAGGGGUGAGCGCAGAGGAGCCGGAUCUCGCGGCUCUUUUAAAAGUGAGCGCGGAUACAGGGAGGGGAGAGAGGGUUUAUGGGUAUUUGCAUAAGUUGAGGAGGGCAGUGAGGUGUGUGAGUGAGUCCACAGCGGAGAUUAUCAAGGGUUGGUUUGGUGGGGCCGGGGCGGGGGAGGUGGGCGUGGAGGAGUGGGAGAGUGAGAAGGUGGAAGAAGCCGUUUCGAGGAACGGGGGUGGGUGGCAUGGGCUCGGGUGGCUUGGGAAGGGGGAGUGGGAUGUGAGAAGGGUGAAUGUGGUUGUGGGUGGUGGUUGUCUAUAUUGUGGUGAGCAAUUGGUUUGUGUUGAUAUUGAUAGAGAUGAGACCGAAAAGUUUGCGCAGGCUGUGGCAGGGCUAGCCAUGGAGAGGGAAGUUCAGUCUAAUUUCAAGGAUUUUCAGGACUGGCUGGACACACAUGCUGAAUACGAAGCUAUAGUGGAUGGAGCAAACAUUGGCCUUUACCAACAAAAUUUUGCAGAAGGUGGAUUUAGUAUUUCUCAGCUUGAUGCUGUGGUGGAAGAAUUACAUAGCAGGAACAACAAAUGGCCGCUUGUUGUCUUGCACAAUAAACGAGUUAAGUCACUUCUAGAAAAUGCUUCCAAUCGAAAGUUGCUUGAGGAAUGGAUAGCUCAAGGAGUGCUUUAUGGGACCCCACAUGGAUCCAAUGAUGAUUGGUACUGGCUUUAUGCUGCUGUAAAACUUAAGUGUUUGCUUGUGACAAAUGAUGAAAUGCGAGACCACAUUUUUGAACUGCUGGGCAGGAGCUUCUUCCUCAAGUGGAAAGAAAGACAUCAAGUUCGAUAUACUUUCCUGAAAGGUGACCUCAAACUUGAAAUGCCUCCCUCUUACUCUCUUGUCAUUCAGGAAUCAGAAAAAGGAAAUUGGCACGUGCCUCUAGCUGGGGAAUGGACUGACGAGUCUUCAAGAACUUGGCUAUGCAUCACCAGGCCAGGUUCUUUUGAAUCUUCUGGCCGAGACAACCAUAAAUUGGUCAAGUCAUGCGACGCAAAGAGCAUCUCAAAUGACAAAUUACAUGGGAAUUCAGAUUCUUCACCAAUUCGAGAUAAACAAACAUCCACUACCGGUAAAAGAAAGGAAAGGUCAGUAUCACCAUCAAGACUUGAUUGUUAGCCAACUUGUGAUAUUUGGCAGGUUCCUUUCCUCAACUGUGUAUUUAUGAAUCUGUGGUUCAGUCCCAGAUCGUGUUGUAAGGUAGAGCCUCAUGCUUCUUGCAUGACCCUUUUUUUCUUUCAACUUGAGCGACAUUUGUUGUAACAGCAACGUUACAGGAUUCAGGCCCUUGUUCUGCUGUUCAUUUUAAUAGCAGCAGCAAGAGGAGGCUGUGCGGUGGAUAUUGGAUUUAUCUUGUAUGCUUUUUGAAUUUACCCAGAUACUAGCAGAUUGCCCGUGCAUUAAAGCACUCCUAACAGUAAUUUCAUAUUUUUUCCUAA